AUGCUUGCAAAGGAGAAGACUGACGUACGCGAGCGGCUGAGCCGUGAGCCAGAAUGCCUACCAGUAUCGCUCUGGCGGCUUUUGAAACGAUAUGAUCUGGUUUAUACAACCACGGAGGAGCUAUCUCUGCAAUUAACACGUUCUGAGCCAGCCACUCUUCCAAACACGCGCUACGCGCAAGAGUUUGACCAUACGAUUCGGGCUCUUUUCGCUGCAGAACCACAAACACGCCUCCUUCAAACCAAAUAUGUGAAGGGCAAUGACAGGCAGACUGAUUUAGCAUUUUCUAGAGAUGCCAGAAUAAUAUUCAUUCAUGAACGAUGGCUGAGUUUUGACACUGCUCACGCCCGGAGCUACUGUCCCGCCAAGCAUGUGUUGUGGUUGCAUGACUCCAGCUUUUGCGAACAUAUAUUGAACUGUGUUUAUCUGAAGGCCACCUUCCUUCUCCGGUCACACUUAUUAGGAGCUGGCCAUGGAGAAGUUACUGUGGAAGAAACCAUCCAGGCAUUAUGUCUUCGAGGCCGGGAUCGUCUCCAGGCAAUGCCAAGAGCUGUUAGGGCAUCAGUGCUUCCUCAUGGUCAGACAGUCCGGAUUGAGUGGGAAGAUGGCUAUAGUCGAGCUGGUUCCCGUACAAUUGGGAGUCAUAUAGACUAUCAUGUUACACUGCAUGGGGCAUCUUGCGCACAACAAAGGAAUGCACUAUUUUUCACUGAUCCGUGCUCUUGCUCUUGCCCAAUGGGCCUGGCUUCUCAGAGAGAGCGAUCGAUUACCUUCGAGUCGCCGGAUAGCGAGAUGCGAUUUCCAAUGGUUGCGAGAAACGAAAGGAACUCGAUUUUCGGCUUCAUUCCUCCGUCAUGCGGGCCAAUCCUGGGUAUAGAUCCUGUUCUUCCAUCUCUAAUAUAUAAUGAGAAUGCUAUCAGUCAAGAACCACCUGGAGGCUUUGCUUCUGGUCUGGAUGGCGACUUAGAUCUACCAGGGGGUAUCGAUUCUCAAGCCUUGCUCAAUCCCGACCGAAAAACUAUUUCAUUUCCAGAUUUAUCUCAGGAUAUAUGGACUAGCUCCGACAGGUACGUCUUUCCUAGUAUCAGGGUCACAGAGAUACUCAUUCCCCCAUGCAGCGUGAUGUCAAUGGAUACACCGUCCUCUCCGGCGUUUUCGCCCCUUCCUGCAUGGCAAGGGCCAAGUCCUACGCAAUCAAUUUCUGGAAAUGAGUCGUUAGACGAGCCCCUUGAUUGGAAGGACUGGGAGAUUCGCGAGGGAUUAGAUGGAAUAUUACUCUUCCAGGCGGCUGAACACAUUGACAUGGUCAGUACCUCCAUUCGACAAUCACGCUUGCUCUCACUUUAA